AGAAAUUAAAAAGUUCUAUUUGCGAAUGACUUGUGUAAAAGAUAUGGACAAUGAUUUAAUUAACAAACAUUAUAUGCAACCCCCAGAUAAUAUUCUAUGAAAGAGUGAAAAAACAGUGUGGUCAAGCAAAAUUGUUUCUCUUAAUAAUUUAUUUAGUUUAGUGUCGUGUAUUUGUGUUAUAAAAGUAAAAUUCGACGAUAAUCUGACGAUAAAUAACAAUGGGAAAUACGAGAUCACAACCUUGCGGACGAAGCAAAACUCUUUAUUUAUUCUAUCUUAUCCACCGAACAUGGAACGUCGUCAUAGAUCGGAAGGAUCAAGAUCGUUGUGACGAUACCGAUAGAGAAACAGACUUAUCAUCAAGAUGCAGCACUUGCAACGUAUGCGAUUACCGACGGGACAGUCUGAUCUUCGAAAGCGAGUCGGACAUGGCGCCCAAUGCGGAGGAGGAACUGUUGGUUGUGAAACCAUGGGGACCGCAACCAGAAAAGGAACGCUUGAGACCACCCACGUAUAAUGCCGAAGAUUACGCAAUCGCGCUGAGACGAUGGGGAAGACGCCCAUUAGGAACCGUUCAAGACUCUCAAGGUACUUUGCCGUCAACAACCAGUUCGAGUUCCGGUUACGCAUCCGGAAGUGGCGAGAUGACCUUGAGACAAUUCACAUCGGUCAGCGAGCUGUUAAAUAAACUCAGAGCCGAUCUCAGACUUGCCUUUCCCAGCUUCGUGCAAGAGUUCGCCUCCCCGCCGGCGGAUGGAAUGACCCUGCUGCUCGAAACUUUACGCGGCGUUCAACUGGCUCAAAGUUCACCCCCGAAUUCGGGGCAGACUGGACCUAGAAUCGGUACCAGAAGGGCUGCCCUGGACGAAUUGGGGUGCGUGGAAUGCCUGGCGGCAUGCGGCGAACGAUGCGCCGAUGCACCGCGGCUCUUAGUGCAGGCGCAACCUGGCCUCCUAGCUCUCGCGGUCUGUCUGACUAGUAGUCUCAACCGGUCCCGAGUUCUGGCUCUUCAG